AGAUUACACACAAUCGGAACUUUAAACUUUUCUAAAUAAGGAAUUCACGUUUUUAAUUUAAUUAAGUGUAAAAUUCAUUUGAUUUUUCUUAUUUCUACUUGUCUAUCAAAGAAAGUAAGCAUGACAACUGUAAAAUGUGAAACGCCGUCCUGCGAUCAGCCUGCUAAAAUGAAAUGUCCAACAUGUUUGAAGAUUGGAAUUGAAUCAUUCUUUUGUACCCAAAGCUGCUUUAAAGCAUCAUGGAACCAACAUAAAGUGUUGCAUACUCUUGCAACCGGUAAAGAUAAAAGUUCGGGAUCCUGUAAUUUAUAUCCGAACUAUAAUUACUCAGGAAAACUUCGGCCAUGGACACAGACACAAAAACGUCCUGUUCCGGAGAAAAUUGCACGACCUGAUUAUGCCGAUCAUCCAGCAGGAAGAAGUUUAUCAGAAGAGAAAAUGAGAGGAAAUACUCAAAUAAGGAUAAACUCAGACGAGGAUAUUGAGGCUAUGAAAGUAGUUUGUAAGCUUGCUCGCGAGUGUUUAGAUGAAGGUGCAAAAGUUUGUGGUGUUGGAGUUACAACAGAUGAAAUUGAUCGUGCUGUUCACGAAGCUGCUAUAGAACGUGAUUGCUACCCAAGCCCAUUAAAUUAUUAUAAUUUCCCGAAAUCAUGUUGCACGUCUGUUAAUGAAGUCAUUUGCCACGGAAUUCCUGAUACGCGUCCACUUGAAGAUGGAGAUAUUUGCAACCUUGAUGUGACAGUGUUUCAUCGUGGUUUUCAUGGAGAUCUAAAUGAAACUUUCUUUGUUGGAAAUGUCAAAGAAGAACAUAAAAAACUUGUGAAAGUGACUUAUGAAGCGUUGAGUAAAGCGAUUGAUAUAGUGAAACCUGGUGAACGUUAUAGAGAAAUAGGAAAUGUUAUUCAGAAACAUGUUCAACAUCACAAUUACAAUGUCGUUAGAAGUUAUUGUGGUCAUGGAAUUCACGAACUUUUUCAUACUGCACCGAAUGUUCCCCACUAUGCUAAAAACUCAGCUGUUGGUGUUAUGAAAGCAGGCCAUACAUUUACAAUCGAACCAAUGAUUUCAAUGGGUACAUGGCGAGAUAUUUCGUGGAAUGAUAAUUGGACCGCAGCCACGGCAGAUGGGCUUUGGUCUGCUCAGUUUGAACAAACACUUCUAGUGACUGAUACAGGAUGUGAAAUACUCACUCAACGUCGUCAAAACGAUGGCAAACCUUGGUUCAUGGAUAAAAUGCUUGAUUAACAAAACAACUUUUUAUAUCAUUCGGUAAACUUACCGCGGUAAAAGCAACGUUCAUACAUUAUUUGAUUUCUUGAAUGAUUUCUUUAAUUAAUUAUACAAACAAGAAUUCAAACAAGGAUGACAUGCGACUGCUUCUUUGUCUCUCAUUAUUUAAACCAAAUUCGACAAAAAACGAACAAUUAUCAUUGAAUCGGUGUAAAUAAAUUUCAAUAAUUGAAAUUGAAUAAUGAAAUAAAAUUGAAUUGUGUAAUCCUGAAAUGUUUGUAAAUG